CCCACGUGGGGCCGUCGCUCUCCGAUAGGCAGAUGUGGCCGUAUUCCUUCCGCGUAAUCCGAUUGGACAGAUAGGCGCUUUCACGGCAGUUCAGCCCUGCUGCCUGUGUGUGGCAACCGGGGUAAGCUGGACAACUGGGGGAAAUGCGAGAUUGUGGAGAGUACCAUGUUACGCUUUUAAAGAAUCUCCAGCCUCUUCGAGUCGGAAGACAGAUUUUGUUUGGGAGCAUACAUAUAUUUUUUUCUCUUUUUGGGAUUAACCAGCCACAAAAGGCGCACAUUCCUCGGAGGUUCGCGGCUGAGAAUAAAGUAGUUUAAUCGAGCCCGACCGCACCAAAUUUUCUCCCAACUGCUCCCCCAGUCUGGCUGGGUGCGCUCCGGAGAGAGAGAGGAUGCUUGUCGAGAGCUGCGUCCACCACGCUUACAUUAGGAGGGAUUAAGCGCAUGAAUUAUAGCCCUACUCUUGUUUUUUCUUCAGGAACAAAAGUCGGACGGACGGUCAGGACGCACGCACGGGAUUUUCACGACCUCCCCUGCCCCCCCUCCACCCCCCUGCCUGCUGAGACCGGUGUGACUGUGAGCACAUUUCAACCAUUUUGCCAAAGGACCUGCACACUGGAGAGAUAAACAAAGGAUACAUUUCAAGAUGUAUCCACAAGGCCGACAUCCGGCUCCACAUCAGCCCGGUCAGCCUGGCUUCAAAUUCACUGUAGCAGAGUCUUGUGACAGAAUUAAAGAUGAAUUUCAGUUCCUCCAAGCCCAGUAUCACAGUCUUAAGGUGGAGUAUGACAAACUGGCCAAUGAGAAGACGGAGAUGCAGCGCCACUAUGUCAUGUAUUACGAGAUGUCCUACGGGCUGAACAUAGAGAUGCACAAACAGACGGAGAUUGCCAAACGGCUCAACGCAAUUUUAGCUCAAAUUAUGCCUUUCCUGUCACAAGAGCACCAACAGCAGGUUGCUCAGGCAGUGGAGCGGGCUAAGCAGGUGACUAUGACUGAGCUGAAUGCUAUCAUCGGGGUACGUGGACUUCCCAAUCUGCCUCUCACCCAGCAGCAAGCUGCCUACCCUGCUCUCAUGCAGCAGCAGCUCCAGGCACAGCACCUCUCCCAUGCUGCUCACGGGCCUCCGGUCCAGCUGCCACCUCACCCCUCAGGCCUGCCGCCGCCUGGCAUCCCUCCUGUGACAGGCUCCGGAUCAGGCCUGCUGGCACUCGGUGCCCUGGGAAGCCAAGCCCACCUCCCAGUGAAGGAUGAGAAGAACCACCAUGAUCUGGAGCACAGAGGUGAGGAGUUCAAGCAUACUGCUGUCCAAUUAGGCAUUGGCUGCUUAACCACAUCCACAAAUAACUCCGUAUCCCCCUCCGAAAGCUUACGCACAGCCAGUGAGAAGCACCGCAGCUCCUCUGACUAUAGUUUGGACUCUAAGAAACGCAAAGUGGAGGAGAAGGACAGCAUGAGCAGAUAUGACAGUGAUGGAGAGAAAAGUGAUGACCUGGUGGUAGAUGUGUCUAAUGAGGACCCUGCCACUCCGCGGGCAAGCCCAGCCCACUCACCACCUGAAAAUGGCAUUGACAAGCCCCGCCCUCCAAAGAAAGACACCCCCAACAGCCCUGCGUCAGUGGCAUCCUCUGGAAGCACCCCAUCAUCCAAGGCCAAGGAGCUCAGUCAUAAUGACAAAUCCUCCACGCCUGGCCUCAAGUCCAACACCCCCACCCCCCGCAACGAUGCCCCCACCCCUGGCACCAGCUCCACUCCCGGGCUCAGACCCAUCCUGGGCAAACCACCAGGCAUGGAGGCUCUUGCAGCCCCAGCUUUGCGGACCCCUCUGUCCAUCGCAGGCUCCUACCCUACCCCCUUUGCCAUGAUGGGCCAUCAUGAAAUGAACGGAGGCCUGACGAGUCCUGGUGUGUAUGCUGGUCUGCACAUCUCCCCUCAGAUGAGCGCUGCAGCAGCUGCAGCCUAUGGACGCUCCCCCAUGGGGUUUGAUCCUCACACCCACAUGAGAGCUCCAGGCCUUCCAGCCAGCCUCACAUCCAUCUCUGGUGGCAAACCGGCUUACUCCUUCCACGUCAGCGCAGAUGGUCAGAUGCAGCCCGUGCCCUUCCCACCCGAUGCCCUCAUCGGCCCCGGUAUCCCACGCCACGCCCGACAGAUCAACACGCUGAGCCAUGGCGAGGUGGUGUGCGCUGUUACCAUCAGCAACCCCACACGUCAUGUCUACACUGGUGGCAAAGGCUGUGUCAAAAUCUGGGACAUCAGCCAACCUGGCAGCAAGAGCCCGGUGUCCCAACUGGACUGUCUGAACAGGGAUAACUACAUCCGCUCCUGUAAGCUGCUGCCUGAUGGUCGCACAUUGAUUGUUGGAGGCGAGGCCAGCACAUUGACCAUCUGGGAUCUGGCCUCUCAGACACCCCGCAUCAAGGCUGAGCUCACCUCCUCAGCCCCGGCAUGCUACGCCUUGGCCAUCAGCCCUGAUGCCAAAGUCUGCUUCUCCUGCUGCAGUGAUGGGAACAUUGCCGUUUGGGACCUGCACAACCAGACUCUCGUCAGGCAGUUCCAGGGUCACACGGAUGGUGCUAGCUGUAUCGACAUAUCCCAUGACGGCACUAAGCUGUGGACGGGCGGUCUUGACAACACUGUCCGCUCCUGGGAUCUGAGGGAGGGUCGACAGCUGCAGCAGCAUGACUUCACUUCACAGAUCUUCUCCUUGGGCUACUGUCCGACUGGAGAGUGGCUGGCUGUGGGCAUGGAGAGCAGCAACGUGGAGGUGCUCCACCACUCAAAGCCUGACAAGUAUCAGCUCCACCUGCACGAGAGCUGUGUCCUCUCCCUUAAGUUCGCCUAUUGUGGUAAAUGGUUCGUAAGCACUGGGAAGGACAAUCUGUUGAAUGCUUGGAGGACUCCGUAUGGCGCCAGCAUAUUCCAGUCCAAGGAAUCCUCAUCUGUCCUCAGCUGUGACAUCUCGACAGACGACAAGUAUAUUGUGACAGGCUCUGGUGACAAGAAGGCCACUGUAUAUGAAGUGAUCUACUAGAACAGACUGCUUUGGAUGGGAGCAUGCUCGUGCUCAGGAACAGUAGACUCUUCUCCAUCUACCUUCCCUCACACAGACAGCAUGGAUGUUGCCUGCAGCCCCGGGGUGGAUGGGCAGGAAGUUUGGCAGUGCCAGACUGAAGUGGACGUUGGUGCUGUUGUGGCCGUGGAUGCUGUGACCUUCGGCUCUGCCCUUCCUUACUCAUACAACUAACACUUGUACAGCAAGUGCAGUUCCCCAAGGCACUAAGAAGAAAAUAAUGUCUUGCUGUUUUUCUGUUUGUUGGAUAUUUCUUUUUUUAUUCGUCCUUUUUAAUGUGGAGAUAAAGUUCCAUGACACAACUAGAAGCGGCGCUUCGCUCUGGAGCUUCUCCCUUGGAGGUCCUGUGAAAAGUGUACAUAAUGGAGUAAUAAAAGGCCUUUUAUAGAUUUAUAUUUUGGUGUCCAGUUACGCUUGUGAUGGUUCUUUCUUGUUCUCUCCGUGAUUUUCUGUCCCCUCUGGGGAUGGAAAUUAGAUUAGGACUUUGUAAGAGGAUAUUCUAUUUCAGUUUUUUUCCCUCCUCUGCUUUUUUUUUCAUGUUCGUUGUCCAGAAUGACCUUUUCGGAAAUCUAAUUUGGAUUUUUUUUUUUCUCCCUGACAACGGCAUUUUUUUUUCUUCGCUAUUUGCUGUAACACAGACGUUUGUCCCAUGGAUUUUAGCAGUGGAGAUUCUGGAAAGGUCCCUUUUUUUCAGACUGGAAGAAGGAGAAAAUCAUGGUUUCCAGUUACGUCUACCCUCUGGCCCUGGUCAGCAGAAAUUCAACUUUAUAAUGAAGACCUAUCACUGAACACUGGCUGCUUUCAAUGACAUUUAAAUGGAUAACUAUUAACUGGAGGACUCAUGGAUUUGUUUUACGGAGAAGCAGCUGUGAUUUGAGUUCAGUCUGUUGACUCGACUAUUGUAUGAAUCUUCAUUUCUCCAUUCAGCAAAGUUUAGUCAUCAGUCUAAGAGUUAAUUAUUGCCUCUCUCGUUUGACUCUUUGUGACUGAUGUGCAAGACUUACAUGGUUACUCAUAAAGGUGGCAGGUGAAGCCAUUACCACAUUCGACGUUUUGGGUAUGCUCUGUUUGCUUUCUUCAGUAUUUCAUAAUAUUCGACUACAAUCUUCUCAUAGGCAGGAAUGGUCUCUCAUAAACACACAUUAGACUGUGUAGCAUACACGUGUCAUCAUCCCUAAGGAUUGUACAGUUGACAGUUGUUGA